AUGGCGGCCUACGUCCAGCGAUUACACCACGUUUCUUUGCACGUCUCUCACGCGGACAGAGUAGCCCGUGAGCUCGUGUCAAAGUUCAAGUUCCGCCCGUUUGCCUCCCGUUACCGCGACGCGUCCCACCAGCUCGCCCUCCGCAAGGGACGCGCCGUGUUCGUCAUCAACGACCGCAGAGAAGCGGGCGAACCGGUAGCGAAUAAAUGGGACUUUACAGGCGUAACCAGGGAGACAAGUAACUAUGGAGAUGGCGUGUCCUCCGGUUGUCUGUACGACGUGGACGCUCCCUAUGGCGUGGACACGGUGGCGAACGUGUGCUUCGAGGUGCGAGACGUGCAGAGGUCAUUCCAGACGCUGAAACGCUCCGGUUGCAGCUUCCCAGUGACCCCUACGUGCGUGCGCGAUGACAGUGGCGUUGUGACGUACGCUGUGGUCAAAUCCGUGGUGGGAAAUGUGUGCCACACGCUGAUUGACAAGUCCCGGUACGAGGGAGGGUUCCUUCCCGGAUUCCAGCUCAUCGGAGAGGAGGGGGAGGAGCCUGAGGAUGAGGCGUGUCCGGUCACACACUUUGACCACAUCACAUAUGCGUGUCCUCAGAGGUUCACACACACCGCCCUGCAGUGGUACGAGACCAUGUUCGGCUUCAAACGCUUCUUCAUCGGCAGUAACGAGGACCCAGAGGAGGGUCUGGUCUUGGACCAGGACGGGAUCGGACUGAGGCUCACAGCGAUGCAAUACUGGAAGUGCAGCCAGAGAGGCCUGAUGCUGCCCUCUGUCCACCAGGGGGAGCCAGACUGCAAGUUUGUCAUCGCAGAGUCUCUCCCAGAAAAAGGCCAUAACCAGGUGGACCGGUUCCUGGAUCAGCACAGAGGACCAGGAAUCCAGCACAUUGGCCUCUACACCAGCAACAUCCUGUCGACCGCCGAGACCAUGAGCCGAGCUGGUGUCCGCUUCUUCUGUCCUCCCCAGGCCUACUACACAGAGGAGGAGAAGAAGCAGCAGAUCUGUGCCGCUGGACUCAGUCCUGAGCUAUUGUCUCGGUUUGGGAUUCUGCUGGACACUGACCUGAGGACGGAGGGGAGAGAAAGACAGCUGCCCAGAUUUCUGCUGCAGGUCUUCACUCAGCCUCUGUUCUCUGAGGACACGUUCUUCCUGGAGCUGAUCGAGAGGAGAGGAGCGUCUGGGUUUGGAGAAGGCAACAUCAGGGCCCUCUGGAGGUCUGUGCAGAGGUACAUAGAGGAGGAGGACCAGGUGGAGGACCAGGACCAGGAGCUGCAGAGACACAUGGAGAAGGAGGACCAGGACCAGGACCAGGAGCUGAAGUCUGCAAAGAGAUAG